AUGUUCAUUGACAAAAAGACAAAAGAACCCAUCAAACCACACCGGGUUCCCGAGAAAUGCUGGGAUACUGUAUCAGUCGACCUAUUUGGCCCGAUGCCAACAUCUAAGCACGUGGUCGUCGUACAAGACUUAGCAUCACGAUUCCCAGCCGCAAAACUGGUUACAUCGACAAAGGCAGAUAAAGUGUUACAAGCUCUCAGCGAAAUUUAUACAACGUAUGGCAACCCCGAGGUCCAAAUUUCCGAUAACGGGCCUCCCUUCAAUAGCGCUCAGAUGCACGACUUCGCAACGAGUAAGUCCAUCAAAUUGCAGAAGGCUCCACCACUUCACCCAUCCUCCAAUCCAGUCGAAACGUUUAUGCGUCCUUUGGGAAAGGCCAUGAAAAUUGCAUAUCAAACCAGGGCUCCUGAAAAAGAAACAUUGGAGACAACACUAAACAACUAUAGACACACACCUCACCCAGCAACGGGUAUCCCUCCCGCAGCCAUGAUGUUCCGAGAUGGACAGCGCCACGACUUUCCGAGAACUUACGCAACCGAAGAGGACGUGAGAAGAGCUCGGGAAGCAGACAAACAGAAGAAAACUGACAACGAAGAAAAAAUAAACUCUUCUAAAUACAGGAAGAAAUCAAAUUUCAACAUUGGUGACAAAGUUCGUGUUAGAAAUUACCGAAAAUCGAGGAAGUUUGAUCCCGUUUUCCUCGGUGAACCAUUCACGAUCAUCGACAUCAAUGACGAAGGGAACAAACUCAUUGUCGAGCAUCAAGAAAACGGGUUUUCGUUGUGCCGUCACCCAGAUGACGUCAAACCAUUUAUAGAACCAAACUAUAUCGAAGUCGAAGAUGUUCAAUGGCCAGUAGGAGAUGAAGGAGACGCGGCGGAAGAUCUCGGGAUUGAAAAACGCGGAGAAACUGCACCAACACUGAGACGUAGCGAGCGGAAAAGCCGGAACCCCAAUCCACGAUACAUUUAG